GCCUCCGCCCGCUAGUCAUGGCCUGUGAUUGGCUCGACUCCCGGACUCCAGUCGCUUGCCCCUUGCCCCGACGGGUUUCCCCGGGAGAAGCACCGACCGCACAUCUCUGAGCUGCCUGGGUGGGGGAAACGCCGCCUUAGCGGAUUUGAAGGGAUUUUGAGAAGUAUCAUGUCUUUGGUUUGGAAAACUCCCCAUGGAUCAGAUGCAAUGCCUGAGACAGUGGUGAAAAUCAUUGGAAGUAGACACUUUCGAUAUCUCGUGGAGAAGCCAAAGAUCAAGAAGAAUGAGAACUUGAAGACAGAAACUCAAACAGCUCUCCAGAAAUCAGUGACUGGUAAAUCAAGGCAGAUGAGCAAAGAUCCCUCUGCUCUCAUUGAUUCCACCCAUCACCAAAUUGAUUAUAACCCAGAUGCUGUAGGGAAAAGCAAGAACCCAGGAAACAACCAAAAACCCAUCCUAACAGGAGCAGCCAGUAGUAGACUUCUGGAUGGCAAAAUUCCAAAUCAGGCAAAUGUUCAUUGCAGCUCUGUACCAACUGGAGACCAGUCCCUCUCCUACAUCCAUGGUCUCCCCAGGAGAAACAUUAAAGACUGGUCCUUGGAAUGGAUGGUGAGGGGCAGCUCUGAUGUACAUGAGGAUUUUGGUCAGAGGCCAAGUGAAACAAGAGAAGACACUUUUCUUCUGACCCUUGUCAGAAGAGAACUCAAAUCACAACCUUUGAGUUCCAGCUUAUUAGACAAACUUCAGAAAGAGCUGAAGAUCCUGGACCCUAUCUCUUCAGGAUCUCUUCUCCAAUCUCAGCUGAGCCGUCUCCUCUUGAGGCAUGAAGUUCCUCUGCAGUUACCGACAAUCAAGAUUCUUUGCCAGAGAUUUUCUAAGAGAGACACUCCUGAAAUGGUGAAUUAUGGAAAGCUACUCUGGUUUUUGAAAGUUGCAGCUUCAGGUGACCCACAGCAAAGCAAAACAGCUAUGGACAGUGACCCGAAGAAAACUCAGAGCCACAGAGAUCAGAGCCAAAGUAAUUCACCUCAAGACUCCAGUUCGCAGUUAGACACGAAUAAGAGCCUGUCAGAGAUUUUGAAGAUGGUACUAAGGACAACCAAUGGCAAACUCAACAUAGAGAACCUCAACUUGAGUUUUCGAAAAGAAGAUCGCUCCUUCUCUGGCUGCCUCCCUCUACCCAAGGUCAGGGCUGUAUGUGGGAAACAUGGGCUGCAUCUCACGUUGAGCCUGCUGGAAACAUUGCUUAACCAUCAAGAUUUGGGUUACCAAGAUGAAAUAAAAUGGCAGAAUUUUGUUGAGUUGUUGAGUAAAGCUUCCUCUGACUUGUCAUCUGAUUUGCUUACAGGAAAGAAUGGAAAGGAAGUCCCUGCCACUCCAGUGAAGCCUGAAGUUCCUGAGAUGUCUCAAAGCACAACUAAACAUAUGAAAACUCCAGAAGAGCUGCAGCCGGAAAUCUCUUCUGCUGAGACUUUGGUCCCAAAAGAUCCUCUGAGCUCUCUGAAGAUCAGGCCAGUCUCCCAGCCUUUUGUGACUCCAGUCAUGAAGGACGAGUCUGAAGAAUGCGAGACAUGGAUAGACAGGUUCAGGAAGCUGGAAAAUGCACUCUACCUGUGUGACCUGAGCAACACAGGAGUCCUGGAGAAGGAACGAGCCAGACGCCUCAUUCACAACUACAAUCUCAUUUACAACCUGUCCCUGAGCCCUCGGAAAAUCGACCAGGCCUUGCGGAGAUUCCGUUCGAGAGAAAAUAUGCUCUUGGAACCAGCUCUGCGGUACUUAAAGGAGCUAUAAUAACAAGCCCAUAUUGUGAGAACAGAUGUUUCCCUAUCUCCCCUUUUACUGAGACACGUGUUUCUCCCUCAGCAUUGGAGGCAUUGUCAGAGUCGGGAAUGAUGCAGCUAUUGUUGGACUUGGUUUCUGGCUGCAAUGCUCACUUAUGAGCACUUCAAAGUGAUCAGGGAAAACUAGGUUUUCUCCUCCAAUGUGGCAGGAACACAAUUACUUCAAAUCCCCUUCUGCUCUAAUAAGGUUUAUUAUUAUUAUUACCAUUACAUGAUUUAUUCUACUUUGCUGAUAAUAAGGUAUUUCUGCAAACCUAGCAACUCCAUAUACUAAAAAACAUGCUAGAUGUUGUCAACUCCCAAAGUGCCUGGCAUGUAGUAUGCCUAAAUACAUUGUAUUUGGAUAAGUAAAUACUUUUCCUAGUCACCAUUUUAGGGGGGAUUUCCACAUUAAAAGGGAAAUAAUAGUAUUAACCUACAUAACCUCCAAGUGAGGUUUUCUGAACAAGUCCAGUGUUUUCUCCAGUAUAAAACUAGACUGCAUUACACUCUCUCCAGGGAUACUUUCCAAGAGUACUGGAUAGGAGUUUUCAGGAGGGACUCCUGUGACAAAGGAUUCUGGGAAGAAGUAACAUCCUCUUGCUCCCUCUAGGCAGAAAAACCAAUGAAACAUCUGCCAGCUUCCACAGUUCUUCUAUCCUUAACAUCUUCCCCAACUUUGCACCUCCCACACAACAAACACUUAUACUCACAUCACACCACACAGGUAGCAUGAGCUCAUUUGAGGAACACUGGCCUGAGGUUUCAGAGACAAAGGUGUUCCCAGCACCAGCACUACCCUGGGUGUCCUGGAAACUGAUUUUCAAAUCAGUGUGGAAAACAGGAAGAAGUUAAGUCAAGGGAAAAAUCAAAAAGCAAAUCCUCUGAGCACCCCCUAAUGUUUUAUAUAGUCAGGUGCCUCAUGAAAUCUUACAAAUAAAACCUUAGGAACAAAGCAGUUUGGAUCUGCUGAAAUAGAUGAUCUCUAAGGGUGUUCUAGUUCUGACAUUAUUAUGAAAUCCUUGAGUUACCCAGAAAAGUACCUCUUGUGGCAGACUGACCACCUCCCCAUCAUCUUAGAACCAUGGAACGGCAAGGUGCAUUUUAGGUCAAAGGCAUAAGCAAACAGACAUGGCUUUUUCAUGCUAUCAAAAUGCCAAGUGAGAAAAAUUAGAAUAUUAGAUCAAACAACUUAAUAUGCAUUGUACAACUAUGAUCUUCUGGGAACUUGACAUAUUUUGUUUCAUCCAACCCUGACAACUCUAUAAGGCAUGUUUUAUGGCCCCAUUUUACAGAUGAGGAAACAGAGGCUCAAAGAAGUAAGCAAGACAUUGGGUUGUGCCAGUUAAUAAAUGACAGGAGGGACAGGGCCUUCUGGAAAGCACCAGUGAAUUGGAUGUAAGAUCUAAGAAGGCUCUGGUGGACCCUACAUGUCUGCAAAUGAAUUAGGGAGAGAAGUGGGGUAAAGGGAGGCCCUGGAUAUGAAGUUGGGGUUCUUAGACUAAAUUAUGAGGUCCUGAAGGGUAAUGAUUUUACAUUGUUUAUUUCUUUACAUCCAACAUCUAGUUUAGUUUCAGAUAUGUAACUUCAGUACCCACCAUGUUACACAACCAGAGGGGAUGCCAUUUACAUAGAAUGCAGCAUAAACGGUGUCCUUAGAGAUGGUAUAUAACCUGUACACAGAUAGUGUGGUCUGAAUGAAUACUUCUAUUGGUGGGGUAACCAUAGCCAGAUCUGAAUCCACGGUUACCAUUCUUCAUGCACAUACUUCCACAGAGAGUAGAAAAAGCAGAGGCUUUAAAAAGCAGCCAAAAUCCAGUUCUGACACUUAGUAGGUGGCAAUCUUGGCAAAUCGCUUACUUUCCCUAAGCUUCAGUUUCUUCAUUUCUAAAACAGGAGCAAUCAUACCUAUUUCUCAGGAUUGUUAUAAACACUGAAAGCAAUGUCAUUUGGACAGUUCCUUGCAAGUGGUAGAAAUGCAUCUUUCCUAUGUCCCUUCUACAGCUAUUCAGCAUUCAAGAGGCCUGAGAAAAUUUUUUGAACAAUUGUUUCUGUGAAAUGGCUUAGGGAGGUCAGGUUUCUACUACAGCAAAAAAAAAAAAAAAAAAAAAAAAAAGAUUU